CUAAAUAAAUUUUUUUGAGUGUAAAUACAACAGUUUAAAACAUUUAUUUAAAAAAAAAUUAUUUUAUUUUAACAAAUUUUGUUAUUGAAAUUUUAAAAGUAAAAAGAAAAGUCAUAAAUGAUGUUAUGGCUUAAGAAAACUACUGUAAUUUUAUUGAUUCAUUUGUCUCAAGUAAAAGCAUCAUUCCCAUCAGAAUGCAAAGAUCUUGUUUUAUAUUCUACUCUUGGUACGUUUGGUGGAUGUCUAUUUAUCUCAAGUUUUAUUUUGUUCAUAGUUAUACGAAGAAAAAAAAGAAAUUUUAAAGAAAACUUGGAACAUGUAAAAGGGAAAAGGAAUAAGCUUUUUGAGGAGGAUUUCAUAUGCAAAGUGAGGGAAAGACACGACACAAAAUUUAUUCCACCUUGCAAUGAAUCAAUCUUACCUUUUCCAGAUAUACUCCAGCUUCAGAAAUCUUUUUCCAUGCCUAAUCUGACUAAAAACUCUAGCUUAGUUGAAAACUACAAAAAAAAUGAUGGAAAAUUCAUCAAUUCAGCCUGCUCUUCUGAAAUUUUAAACUGCCUUCACAUAAAACAAUUCAGAUCAUUUGGAGCCCAAACUGAUUAUAAUCUAGUUCCAACAGAAAAAGUUAUUGUUGAAAAAAAGUCAGCCGACUGCGUUGGACUAGAUUUUGGCACUGCAGGAAUUUACAUAAAAAAUGUUGACGCAGAUGAAGUUUUUUUUAAGCAAGGAUGUUUAGUUGCAGGUGAUGAAGUUAUUUCCAUAAAUGGUAAUUCAGUUUUUGGGCUAAAUAUAUCGGAAGUGUUCUCCAUAUUUAUCAAGUCAAGUCUUGAUGUCUUUUUAGAAGUCAGGAAAGGAGCCUUUUUAUCCAAAGUGACUUCAAGCAAAUUUCAAACAGAAGUAGUUCAGAAUGAAAAUUUUUUUUCUUUUGAUGGUUGUUUAAACUCACCAGAAUAUUCAAAGCUACACAAAAAAACUGAGUGUCUUUCUGUACACCAAGAUAUACCUGUAACAUUAGACUGUCUAUAUGACAAGCAAGAUAAACUAAUAAAUUCAUACCCUUUAGAAGAAUUAUCUAAUAAAUCAGAUUUUUCUGCUGCACUGCAAGGCAUGCUGAUAGAAUCAGACAGCAAUUCUCAAAAAGAAGGUUCGUUUAUUAAAACAUUUUUCUCUCGAGAUGAACCUUUUAAUCGCCUAGUUUUCGAAGAAAGUCAGUUAAAAUCGGAUAUUCGAUGUAAUUUUGUAGAUGAGAAUUCAUCAAAAAACGUUUAUAACAAAACUUUUAAUAAAAGACCUUAUCAAAGUUGUCAUAAAAGAGCAUCUUCAAAUGAAUCAUUACAAAUAAAUAAAAUAAAAAUAUGCAAGCCAUUAGGUAUUGAACGUUUUAAUCGCACUCAGAGUGCGGAAAAUAUACCUUUAAAUAUAAACUCUCAAUUAAAACGCUCCUUUUCGCAUGAUAACCAGACAUAUGAACAACCAUGUUAUGGUUACACACAAAAAAAAUUUCAAUAUUUAUAUGAAAAUCAUUUAAAUCAAAGGUUUAAUGAUGGGGAAUAUAACGAUUUAUUAGAUCAAAAAAGAAAUAGUGGAGAUUAUUUAAAUUUAUAUGCUUCAAACAACACUAGAAAAGAAAAUAUGAUGGUUAAAAGAGGCUACAAUUACGAUUAUAUAGUUCCUAUUACCAAUUGUGUUCCAGCUAUAAACAACUUAUACAACACGCGCUGUCAAAAAAAUCGUUCAACGGUUAUUAAUUUUAACAAACUGAAUGUUGAAUCAAUGUUUUUAUCUAGCUUACCAUCUCAAAGUAAUACUUUUUUUUUAAAAAAAGAUUCGGGAAGAGUUCCUUAUUCAACAAAAAAUCCUCCCUCUUAUGAAUCAACACAAAACAACAUGACAAAAAAAGAUCAUGGUAUUAUAGAUUACAUAAAGUAUAAUGAAGCCAGAUAUUCGUGUUCUCAUUUGAAAGAACCUCCUUUGUAUUCUGACUAUAUUCAGGUCAUCAAUAUGGUUUCGAACACUAAUGUAAACCAAUCUAAAAAUAAAUCAACACCUCUACCUUAUGAUGUAAAUAUAGAAACAAAAUGUAAUGAUAAACUUUUGGAUGUCAAAGAUGGUUCUAUAUCUAAAAGAAGCUAUCCAAAGCGUACACAUUCAAUGCCAGCUGUCAGACAUAUUGAUGAGCGGUCUCGAAUCGCAAAAACAUUUCUUAUCGAUGAAGAUGUUAAAACACCGAAGAAAGUUCAAAAUAAGCUUAUAAAAUCUGCAUAUUGCAAUCGUCGUAAAUCUAUUGAUUCAGGUACUUUGAAAAAACUAGCCGUAGAACUUCAAAACAAUCCUGAAUUAGGUUGUGAAUAUCCAAUGAUUUCUCAACUUUUAUGCGAAUCUCAGUUUACUGCUAUUGAAAGGAGAGGUAAAAACCUAUAUCGUAAUAAAUCAACGGAAGCAAUAAUUACUCGAUCAUACGAUUCAACCGUUGAAUUUCUUUAGUUUUUAUAAAAGAAAAAGAAAAAUCAAUUUUGAAA